AAAAAAAAAAAAAAAAAACUAUUUCAAAUGUAUAAGCAUUUAAGUGAGUACAAACAUGUUCCGCUAAUGAGAUAAAUUUGCAUAAAAUCGGCGAAACUGGAACAAAAAAAAAAGAAUACUUCGAAUCUAUGAAAAAUCGGGUUUGCACUGCAAUAGAUAUAGCUACCUCUGUUGGCUUUUUAAUAUCGACGACUUUUAAAGCGUUAAAACAGCGCCUUAGGGAGAAAUUGAAGUGUGGAGCAGCAGCAAUUCGACUAACUAGCCCUUGGUUAACGAUAACGCAUUAACAAUUUUAAAGCUGUGUCGCAAUAUUUUCAAGUAGUGUUGGUGGAGGCAACAUACUUGCCACAUUUCCACCGCCGUGCGAGCAGCGCACCCGGAAAUGAAGCUAGCAACAACAUCCUGCGUCAUUUAAUUGUUGUCGUCGCAGCCAUAGUCGACGUCAGUGCUUCUGCUACAAUACACCUGAACGGAUUACUGAAAGAAGUGUUCGCAUUGACACACAAGUCUAUAUUGAAAUAAAUAAGUAGUUUUAGUACUAAAACAUUGGCGCACUUUGCAAAAACAAAUCGGAACGCUCGACCGUGUACAAGCGCAUAAUUGUGUAUCUUCUAUCCAAAUAGACGUGGCAAGUGGGGCAUCUUGAGUAGCAGCAACAGCCAGAAAAAGCACAACCACCGUCGGGACGCACGAGAGAGCAACGUGUGGGCACUUGUAAGUAGUCGACCGGCGCUAUUGAAGGAGAACGCAUUCGCUGCAGUUGAUGUAUUUCACUUCGCGUGCAUAUAAGUAGUAUGUUGGCCACAGAUUUAUUAUUUGUAUUGAACUAGAGUUGCGUAAAGUCUGCACCGUUUCGAGAAAAUUGAAACUCAGCUGAUUUGCGCACCGUUAUAUUACCAGCGCAGACGACGGUAUACACGGUCAGUCAAAGUUGGUAGUUGAAAGACUAAAUAAAUUUAGCAUAAUUAAAAAAGUACGAAAUACCGUUAGAAGGUGUUAAUAUUAAGCAAGCCAAUUAAUUGCGUUGCAAAAGCAGACAACUGUUAUUCAAUCUAUAAAGCGACGAGUUAAUUCAUGCUAUCUUGAUUGUUUCGUCGGCACCGCUACAAACUGCAACAACGACGACGACGACGACGACGACGAGUUUAACAGCAUUAGGCACUUCGUCGAGUAACGUGACGACCGGCUAACAGCAGCAGCGGACGCUUGGGAACGCGCACACACAUAAAAUGGAUUCACUUAAAAUUCCAAAAGGUGGAAAUAGCAAUGCGUCAGGUGGCGCCGGCGGCAAACCCACCGGCAGCGUACCAAUCACCGUGCGUUUUAAUGCCGGCGAUGAAUGUAUUGAUGAUAUCUUUCAGUCAUUUCAUAAUAGCAACAGUAGCGGCGGCGGCGUUGGUGCGGGAGUUGUUGCCGGCGGCAAUGGCAGUGUGGGUGGUGGCGGCGGCGGUGGCAGUGCUGGUGGUGGUGGUCCGAACGCCGGCGGUGGGGAUUCCCUGUCGAGCAGCCCAUCGCAACAUCAUCAGCUGCAGGCACAACAAAAUGUAAGCGCCUAUCAUGUGGAUGAUGUAAACACAAGGAAUAAUUUUCUGCAAGGCAACUUUUUCAACCGCAAAAGAUCGGGCAGCAUCGAAGGCGUUUCGCCAACUAGUUCAGGACCAAAUCUAAUAGCAGCGCUCGCUGGCAGUGAUACGCCAACAGUUGGCACUUGGAAAUUAAUUAAGGGUAAAGUUUCACAGACAUUUGAGGAUAUUAAAUCGUCGAAAACGACCACACAAGUAUUGUCGGCGUCCGUACCGAGAGUAGAGAACCCACGACAAUAUUAUACACAACAAAUAAACGAUCCAGACUCGGAUACCGAAAAUCCGACCACACACUCUUCCAUCAGUGAUGAUUUGCUAUUCGAUUUAGAACGUAAAUCGCCGCAUUUUAAAGGUGGAGACUCAGAUUCCUCAGCCGACGGAGAACCGCUGCCCGAAGCUGAGGUAGAACGUUCCAGACUGCGACGCGGCCUAGCCAAUCUCAAAUCGAAAGUGAAAUCUAAAACGCAACAUACACACCAUCACUCUCAUCAGUCUCAUCAGUCUCAUUCACCAUCGCAACAACAGCCUGGUCUCGCCACAGCAGCACUUUCUACAGCUACAAUUUCCACUGCAUUCGGCACAGCUGCCAUCAAACCAAUGAAGAAGGAACCCGCCGGUCCGCCGCCUGUGUCCUCAAACACGUCACUGCGUGAUGCAUUAAUGCGCCGACGACGUCCUUCGCCGACCGAGCAAAACGAACGUGCGAACGUCUCGCCGCGCGUCGAGCCUGCCGAAAGUCAAGCGACAGUGACGGACAAAAAGGUGAGCUCAAAAACUAAGAAACGUGGUGUAAUCAGCGGUAAGAAGGAGGUGGAAAUCGAGUCGGGUGUUGAGAUGAUGGAAGAUACUUUGCCAACACUACCGCAUGACGCUGCUGGGAGUCCCGAAGAGCCCAAAACUUCUUCACGCAAUCGUCACGAUUUACAUCUACAUUUCGGUAAGAGCAGGUCAAACAAAGCUUCACCCCCACACACUGAAGGUUUACCCGCCGAUGCGGAGACUAUUAAGCACCAAAAUGAAUUGGAAACUUUGAGACAUGCCGCAGAGAUAUUACAAAGAGAGAGUGAUCGUGAACGAGAGCAGCAUUUGCAACCGAAGAAAAAAUUCGCCGCUACCAUGCCGAUAAGUCGUUUGGCGGUGCUCAUUGUAGUGCUGCUUUUGCCGGUUCAUGGUUUUAUACGCGGCGUACUUGCGUGUCUGAUGAGUUUCGCUAUUGCCGACUCGUUAAGUGUGUUGGCACGUUCGAUUAUUUAUAAAUUCUUUCAACACCAUCCCGAAGGUACUGAUUUUGAGAUACCAGACUAUACGAAAAUGCCUAUUUGUGAAGUGCCGGCUGUGGAGGAGCACAAAACAAUUAAAUCCUAUGCCGGUUGGAUGAACGAGAUUUUCAGCUAUGACCCCUUAACCUAUCACAUUACACAAACCAAUUCGGUGUAUCUGCGUCUUGACGGCACCUACUUACGCGUAUCGACAACAACAGCACGCAUACCGAAGCGUAUCAUGUGGAACGAACCGCCCAUCGACAUAAAGCACGUACACUUCACUAGCCAUCGCGUGUUCAAUUUGCUGGGUUGCAGUGUUGAGCUCUUGCCACUGGGAUUGGCGCGCAAGAGGUACUUCAAUCGCAAGUAUCCCAUACAGCUGAUUAUCAAAAAUGGCGCCGAAGAGGAGACUCAGCAAGAGCCCUCGGAAAAUCCAUCAACUCAAUUAUCUGCACGAGGUAGCAAGUCCGACUUGGCGUCGAUGGAUAGUAGAAUGUCACAGGUUUCCAGCGAUAUUUUGGAACAGCUCGGCGAAUCGAAAGAGAAGGUGACCAAUCUGCAGGAUAUCGAUUUUGCAGCUACCGUUAUGAAUGCCGAUUUGCAACAAUUGCAAGACAACACACAGAAUAACGACAGUCUUAUACCUUGUGGCGACGAGGUGCGCUUGAUACUCUUUUCGCGCGGCGACCGUGAGAAGGAGGACUGGUAUCGUCGCUUUGUGGCCGCCAGCGAAGGUGACGUGCACGACCAAAUGUUGCGCUUGCCAAAUCUGAAAUUUGUCGAUGAUGCUGAGUUGCAGCGCGCAGCAGCGAAGGCGGCACAAAUGCCGCUGGAUCUUCGUGAUAAUGCGACACCAGAAAAUGAGAAUCACGCCGAAACAGAGUCGCAUGUAUUACCCGCGGAUAUCGCGCCGCCGUUGGUGGUUGAGGGUGGCAAGAUGGCGAAAGGUGACGCAUUCAAAGACAUUCCAGAUGAUAUGGAGGUGGUGCCUUCACCAACUGAUACCUUCGAAGGUCUACUCAUGAGUUCGUGUGCUGCACGCAAUCCCCCAGAUUACAUACGUUUUAUGGCUAUAUAUCAGAGCGCUUGCAAAGAUCCCAAAAUUGCAGUUCAAUCGAAACCAAAAGCAUUGGAUAAAAAUGAAAAAUCACGUCGCUCCAAACGCAAUGCCAAAGAUUUGUGGAAGGGUAUUGAUCAGUCGUUAUUCUUGGGUCCAUCUGGCAGCGUUGUUUGGGCUAAUGUGUUAAUUGGACGUGUACUCUAUAGCUGUCUUCAUGACAAUAUGGUUAAGGAUAAGAUCAAAGAAUUACUACAGAAGAAAAUUAGCGCCAUAAAGCUGCCCUCCUUCAUUGAAGAUGUGGUUAUCACCAAAAUCAAUCUGGGCGACACACCGCCACUCAUUCACCGCGUCUCACAACCCAUGCUGGAUGAGCGUGGCACUUGGGUAGAUGCCGACAUCACCUAUGAGGGUUUGCUACAGUUAACCGUCACAACCAAAUUAAAUUUGAUGCGUAUUAAGCAACAAAAACGGCCCACAGAUCCACUCAAUAUAACUGUGCCAAAUCCGAUAAAUACCGGACCGAAUGCGCCACCAGUAGCUAAUUUCACUGUCGUACCACCCAUUGUGAUCGCCGACGGUGAGGGAGCUAGUCGAAGUAGCACAAAUGCCAGAUUAUACGCGGAUGACCCCAACAAUGUUGAUGAAGUGUCGAGCAAUGUUAUCUUUGAUAGCGAUGCAGAGAGUACUGGCGAUUCGGAUACAGAUCCCGAGAGUUUGAAUGCGCCCACGGCGACAGGAACCACACCGAAUAUCGGCACAACAGCGACAACGACAGGUCAAGCCGUACAAGCCGAUGGCAGCUUAGCUGCAGCAACAGAUUAUCACUUCAUUCCCACGGCGCCAGGCAAUGCGCGUCGUAUUUUCCGCAUAGUGGAUCGCAUUGCCGCUUCGAACUUCUUUCAAUACGCCACCGAUUUGCCAGUAGUACAGCGCGCCAUCGAGAAUAUGAACACGAAUAUAACGUUGCGUGUGGAUCUGCGCGGUCUGGUCGGACGUGGCGUCAUUAACAUACCACCACCGCCAUCGGAUCGCAUAUGGCUGUCCUUCCGUGGUCCACCACGUCUUUGGCUCUCAGCCAAACCAGCAUUGGGGGAAAAAUCUGUCGACUACAGCAUCGUGACCAGCAUUAUUGAGAGCAAAUUGUGCGAAGUGGUGAAUAAGUUUUUGGUUUAUCCCAAUAUGGUCGAUGUCACGAUACCGUUUCUGGGUCAACCGACCUAUGAGUAUUUGCGUGGUGAAAAAACUAGCAAAAAACCUACAGAAUAGAUUUGGGUUUAUAUAAUGAUCCAAAGUAUCGUGUUAUGCUUUAGUACAUAACAAUUUACAACAACAAAAUGUUGUACAUUUUUUAAAAUUAAAAAUGUGGAGUUAAAUACUUUACCAAUUUUUUUCUAAUUAAAUAUUUUUUUUAAAUUUAUUAAUAUGUUCACGUAGUUAUAUACCGUUACUUAUAGAUUCGUACAAGCCAAUAAUAGCAUCUUCUCCGUGAUAAACUAUUUCCAAAUAUUUUACAAAAUAUUUACAUAUUUAUUUAUAA